UAUCUUCCAAGUAGUGAAUGUGACCACAUAAACACUUCGAGUACUAGGUUCCUUGGCUUUUGGCACCAGUAAGUGUAGUCUGAAUUCCAUGGCAGUUUUGAGGAGCAUUUCCUUAGGAAAUUCAGCUCCAUCUUCCUCAGAAACACUGUUUUUUCAUAAGGCUGCCAAAAUUACACCAAGAUUAGUAACACUUGGUCUCAUCACCAAUGCUGCUGCCUCCUCAGGCUCUGGCAUCGAGUAUACAGAGCAACUUACUGGAGCAAAGCCUACUCCAAAAAGGCGUAAAAUAGCUGGGAUUGAUCAACAUGAAUUACUUGAACCAGCACUUUUAGCGGACUCUGAUAGUUGUUUUUACGAGUUUAAGGGGUUGCAGAUUCAUUACAAGGUGUGUCACACAGAAUCAGAAGCCAUGCCAGAUGAGACAAGUUCUCAGUUGCCCUACAAGAUGAUAAAACUUGGUAUUCCUAUGAUCCUGUUACAUGGAUUCGGAGCCUCACUUUUCUCAUGGAAUCGAGUUAUGAAGCCUCUGGCUCAACUCAGUUUUUCAAGAGUUCUUGCCUUUGAUAGACCAGCCUUUGGCUUGACAUCAAGAGUGAAUCCGUUUGAACAAUUGUCUCCUAGUCAGAAGGAUACAAAACCCUUAAAUCCUUAUUCAACCAUGUUUUCAGCACUGGCAACGUUGAAUUUUAUCGACUUCUUAAAAUCCGAUAAAGCAAUUAUAUUCGGGCACUCAGCUGGUGCACUUGUUGCUGUUCAAGCAUACCUUGAAGCUCCUGACCGCGUUGCUGCUUUAAUUCUUGUCGCCCCCGCCAUUCUAGCCCCCCCCUUCCAACAGAAGAUUGACCCAAAAAUUCAAUCUACAGCAGAUGAACAGACUCAAAGGGACACCUCAAAUUCAGAAGUUCCUUCAAAUCUACUUAAUAGGAUCUGCAACGUUCUGUCAAAGAUAUAUAGAUAUAUUGCACAAGCAAUAUCCUUUGUGGUGAAAAGAGUGGUUGAUUUCUUCAAAUCUCUGUAUAAGAAAGCAUUAGUAGCACUCCUACGAUCCACCAUUGGCGUGAUAUUGAUAAGGAUUGUAAUAGAUAAGUUCGGUGAACUUGCUGUUAAAAAUUCUUGGCACGAUUCAAAGAAAAUCACGGAUCAUGAUCUAUAUGGUUAUAAAAAGCCACUGAGAGCAAAGGGCUGGGAGAAGGCACUUCUUGAAUUUACAGCAGCAACUCUUGCUGAUUCUGCAUCUGAAUCCAAACCAGUAUCUGCAAGACUGAAUGAAAUUUCAUGUCCAGUUCUCAUUCUGACCGGAGAUAAUGACCGGCUUGUCCCUGCUUGGAAUGCCAAGAGACUGUCCCAAAGCAUACCAGGAUCUUGCUUUGAAGUAAUCAAGAAUUGUGGCCACUUGCCACAUGAAGAAACACCAGAUGAAUUUUUGUCUGCAGUUGCUAAUUUCCUGUACAACACUUUUGGUGAUUUACAAGCUCAACCAGUUUAAGCAAUAACUUGAGUUGGUUUCUUUAUUAUACACCAGUUGCAUAUGCAAAGCUCUUUGCCUUGGACUAAACUCAAAAAACAUAUGAUGGGUGAGGUUCCCUGACAUACAGGCUACAACAUAUUAUCUGGCAGUUUAUUUCGCGGAAUGCCUUUAACUCUAAAUAUUUUUUAUGUGAAUACGGAGGACUACAGUGUCAUCCAGCGGAAAACUCAUUCAACAUAUUUUUUUUGGUCAGUAGCAUGCUACUAAUUCUGGACAUAAUGUAUGUAGCUAAAAUUUUUGUAAGGGAUUGGCAUGGUUGUCGCAUUAUCGACAUACCAAUGAAUCCAAUUUACAGCUGAUGUAACGAUGUUGGUAUAAGUUGCAACUGC